UUUUUUUUUUCGUUCUUUCCCCCUUUACAGUGAUGCGUUUCGCAGCUUCUUUGGUCGCUGCCACUGCUGUGUGCCUGGCUACUAUAAACAACGCCCAUGCGUAUGGUAUCCUUGGCCACACUCUCACGGGUCAAGUAGCACAGCGAUUCUUGACUAAGGAAACUGAAAGGCAGGUCAAAGAGAUCUUAUCGCCAUACUACGAUGGACUUUUGUCCAAGGCGGCACCAUGGCCUGAUACGAUUAAAGGUCAGGCGAAAUACAGAUGGGCAUCUAUCUUGCACUACGUCAAUACACCGGGCGACGACCCCCCUGAAACAUGCCAUAUGGAGUACAAUUUCUCCGGCAAAGACGUUAUCAAUGGGCUUUUCAACAUGACAGCGACACUCAAGCAUUAUAAAGUCACCGGGCCCACUACUCCGGAGGAUAAAAGCAUUAGAGAGGACGCUUUGAGGUUUUUUGUGCAUUUUAUGGGUGACCUGCAUCAGCCAUUGCACACCUCAGGCAAACUACGUGGAGGCAACGACGCACCUACAAAGUGGAGACGGGCCAAAAGCAAUUUACACAGGAUCUGGGAUAGUCAAAUGAUCAUGAAAGAUAUCCAGGACAGAUAUGACAACAACCCAAAGAGUUAUUUGGACGAUAUGCUCGAGAUGACUAGUAACAUUUGGCAACCAGAGGCCAGUAACUGGACUUUUUGCGAUCCAGCAAUAUUCAAGGUUGAUAACCCUUGGUAUGACACCACCAAGGACAUCAAAACCCUUUGCCCUGUAGAAUGGGCGACGUCCAUGAAUGCUCUCGCGUGCUCAUUCGCUUGGAAGGACUAUGACCCCCUCAAGGACUACUCCGCAGACUACUUUGAAAAUGCCACUGGCCAGAAGAAUGGGUACUUGGUCCAGAAACUAAUCACCAUGAGCGGUAUUCGUAUGGCCGCCAUUCUAAACGAAAUCUAUGAUCCUCCCUGUCCAAUGCAAAAGCGGGUGCAGUUUGUGAAGCAAGGUUAAAAUCUCGCAUAUCCCUACAUCUCUUUUUUCCUAUCUAUUUUUCUUCUCUUGAAUAAACCUUUAAUGCC